AUGUUAGGAUCCUCUACUUAUCGUCCGAGACUCUUGAGGUUUGCAUUUCGAUUCCCUUCUAUAUCUUCAUAUUUUUAUUAUUGCUAUGUCCUUAUUUUCUGCUGUAGACCAAUACCAGUCUUCAACAACUUGAUUCAUUUAACAAUUCAGACUGAUCAAGAAGUGGAAUGGGAAGCAUUACCGGAUUUACUCAAGAAUUGUCCAAAUCUCGAAAUCCUUGUCUUCGAAGGACUCCAUUACGGAGAUACAAAUCAAUGUAUGGACGAGGAUUACCGUUUCAAAGACGCAAACAAAUGUUUUGAGCCUGGUGCGGACAGGUGUGUGUGCAAACCUUGGUAUGGCACUCCUCUUUGGCUGUCGUCAAGUCCAGUGAAGAUGCUAAAGGUAUUGAAGUUUGGAGAAAUCACUAAUUACAGAAAUGACAUGGAUAAACAGACGGAACUGAUCAAGCACUUCGUGGAGACGAUGCCGAAUCUAGAGCAAGUGAUAUUAUACUAUGAUACUCCAUUUGACAGUGAUCUGAGUUCAGUAUCAACCGCAUUUCAGAUGCUUGAAAAAGUAGCCUCAACCAAAUGCGAGAUCCAAGUAAUCUCUGAUAACAUCAGCUUCUCAACUACUGUGCACUCUUCCUCAUCGACAAGUGGACUCGCCUUCUUUAAAAACACCUUCCCGGUUUGAAGAUCUUGCGUCGUCUCAGAGAAGAUAACAAAACCUUGGUUCUUAGUUUUAGUAUGGUCUACAAGUUUUGUAUAUUUUGGUCUAAACUCCAAGCAAAAGCUGUCUUGUAUUUUGCUUUGUCUUUGUCCGUUAGUGUCUUUGUCUUACUGUUUCAAGUUUGAACUUUUAAUAUUCACUCUGCGUAAAGAGACUUACGGAGCUUAAGUAACAGAAACAAUUAGUAAUUGCAUAAACGUUCAGAAAUGUAUAAAUCUAAUACAUAUUAUUUGAAAAGUAAC